UCUGCCUUACCUAAAGCUAAACAUGCUUCACAAUAACACAAGGCACAAAAAGAUUCCAUCAUGUUGAGACCAACUAAAAAAGGACAGAAGAAAUAUUCAGUCACUCACUCACUCGCAAACGUAUCCAUUCACACACACCAACGCUCCGAAGACCAAAUCAAUGGCGAAGGAAGAAAGCUCAGUCGCCGCCGAUCUCAUCGACUUCUUAAACUCUUCUCCGACUGCCUUCCAUGCCGUUGAUGAAGCGAAGAAGCGAUUGAAAGCUGCAGGGUAUGAGCAAAUAUUUGAAAGGGGAGAUUGGAAUUUACAAGCUGGAAAGAAGUAUUUCUUCACAAGGAAUUACUCCACUGUUGUUGCGUUUGCCAUUGGCAAAAAAUAUGUUGCUGGAAAUGGGUUUCACAUAGUUGGUGCACAUACCGACAGCCCUUGUCUUAAACUAAAGCCUGUUUCAAAGGUAUCAAAAGGUGGCUAUUUGGAAGUUGGUGUUCAGACAUAUGGAGGUGGUUUGUGGCAUACAUGGUUUGACCGUGAUUUGACCAUUGCUGGAAGAUUGAUUAUUAAAGAAGGAAAAAGUGACGGUGCAUCUUACUCACAUAGGCUUGUUAGACUUCAAGAGCCUAUUAUGCGUAUUCCAACCCUAGCAAUCCACCUGGACCGGGGAGUUAAUGAUGGAUUUAAGGUCAAUGCACAAACUCAUCUGGCUCCUGUGUUGGCGACAUCUGUUAAGGCUGAGCUCAAUAAAGUGGUUGCUGAUAAUGGCCCAGAUGGGAAGCCCAUUGAAAGCCCAAAUAGCCAGAAGCAUCAUUCUCUUCUUUUGCAGCUACUUGCAGCUCAGGCUGGGUGUAAACCAGAUGACAUUUGUGAUUUUGAAUUACAAGCAUGUGACACUCAACCAAGUGUUAUUGCUGGUGCAAUGAAGGAGUUUAUAUUCUCUGGAAGGCUCGACAAUCUCUGCAUGUCUUUCUGCUCUUUGAAGGCGUUAAUAGAUGCAACGGUGUCAGAAAAAAGUCUUGAAGAUGAGAGUGGUGUAAGAAUGGUGGCACUAUUUGAUCAUGAAGAGGUUGGAUCUAAUUCAGCACAAGGUGCUGGAUCUCCCGUUAUGUUUGAUGCUCUUUCCCGCAUUACAACCUUCUUUUCUUCAGAUUCACAGUUACUAGAAAAGGCCAUCCAAAGAAGCUUUUUGGUGUCUGCUGACAUGGCACAUGCCUUGCAUCCAAAUUAUAUGGACAAACAUGAAGAGAACCAUCAACCAAAGCUACAUUCCGGGCUUGUGAUCAAACACAAUGCAAACCAACGAUAUGCCACUAAUGCUGUUACUGCCUUCAUAUUCAGGGAAAUAGCAGCCAAACACAAUCUUCCUGUUCAGGACUUCGUGGUUAGAAACGACAUGCCUUGCGGAUCAACCAUCGGGCCGAUUCUGGCCAGUGGGACCGGGAUUCGCACAGUCGAUAUCGGGGCACCACAAUUGUCUAUGCAUAGCAUAAGAGAGAUGUGUGCAGUUGAUGAUGUGAAGCAUUCAUAUGAGCAUUUGAAGGCAUUUUAUGAAGAAUUCACAUGUCUUGAUGCCAAGAUUGCAGUUGACAUUUAGGUGGAAUAUCAGUCAAAGCUCUUCAGUAUCAGUUCUUGAUUUCUAUACAUGGUUUCCGAAACUGCGGUUUGCUUUUGCAUUCGUCUAACAUUUGGUCUAAAAGUAUUGCAAACUUGUAAUGAAUGGUUUGUGUUGGUUACUGAAGAACCAUAUAAAGCAAAUAACCAAGUUAGGACCGCAUAUGACCGUGCCUAACCAGUUAUUCCAGGCUUGAGUUCAUUAUUGAUGCAUUUGUCUGAAAUUUGACUUGUGCUCGUCUGGUUCGAGGCUUUAAUGAAGUCUCAAGCUAUUGGAUUGA